AUUUGUUCGUUAUCAGUGGACAACUAAAUUCUCGUGUUUUGCAACAUUCUUCCUAGGAAUCAGUGUAGCAAUUGGUGUAAUUUUCUAUUUUAAACCAAUCAACGAACAGUUACAAAGUCAGUCUAGCUUUAAUAAAUUUCGAUCCCAAAGUAAGGUGUUUUCUCCAAUACCAUUUGACUUGCAUCCCCAUGAAGAUGACCACAGUGAAGUAAUUGACUUGACGAUACGGAAAACCGAUAUUGAUAAAACUUCAACAGUUGUAGAAGCGCUGAGCUCGCUGCAGGUUGCUUUGGAAAUGAAGAAGUCUGGCAAACUUGAGAAGGCACUGAAGCUGUUCGAGCAUGCUAUAGCUCUUUCACCCAACCAUCCUGAUGUUUUGAAUCAUUAUGGAGAAUUUGUGGAGGAAACAAAUAAGGAUAUUAUUCAUGCUGAUCAACUAUACUUCAAGGCAUUAACACACUGCCCAGACCAUAGUCGAGCGUUGGCUAACAGAGAGAGAGUCGCUCACAGCGUUGAGGAAUUGGAUCGGGCAAAUUUGAAGCGAAUCGACGAGAAGCGUGACUCGGUCGCUAAUAUUCCUGACAACAACGCUGCCUUGCGGCGUGCCAAAAAAGAAGCUUACUUCCAGCACAUCUAUCACACAGUCGGCAUAGAAGGCAACACAAUGACUCUAUCUCAGACUCGUUCGAUUGUUGAAACAAGAAUAGCAGUGGGAGGCAAAAGUAUUGCUGAGCACAAUGAGAUUCUCGGUUUGGAUGCUGCUCUCAAAUACAUUAACUCAACUCUCAUAAACAGGUUGGGUGACAUCAGCGUCGACGACAUCUUGGAGAUCCACAAGCGGGUGCUGGGCUUCGUGGACCCGAUGGAGAGCGGCGUGUUCCGGCGCACGCAGGUGUUCGUGGGCGGUCACGUGCCGCCGCGCCCGCAGCGCAUCUCGCCGCUGAUGGCCGAGUUCGCCGAUUGGCUCAAUUCGGCGGCCGCCCUGCGGCUCCACCCGGUCCGCUACGCCGCACUCGCCCACUACAAGCUCGUGCACAUCCAUCCCUUCAACGACGGCAACGGUCGCACCUCGCGCCUCCUCAUGAACAUGAUCCUCAUGCAGGCCGGCUUCCCGCCCGUCAUCAUCAUGAAGCAGGACCGGCAGAGGUACUACAGAGUAUUGGAACUGGCAAAUGGCGGUGACGUGCGCCCAUUCAUGCGAUUCAUUGCCGAGUGCACCGAGAAGACUCUCGACCUCUUCCUGUGGGCAACGGCCGAGUUUGCGCAUGAAGUGCCCGCCCUCUCGCACAACCCCCACAACAUCAUUAUUGACGACUAAUUGCAGUCACCGUUUUAUUGAUGACUAAUUGUAGUCAACGUUUUAUCGACGACUAGUAGUUUUAUUUUAUCAACACUAUUGUGUUGACGUCUUUCAAGUUUUAUCGAGAAAAUGUUUUUUCAAUUCUGUUGAGUUGAGGGUCUUUUGAUUUUCAUGUUGUGAUACCGCUCCUUAAUCGCAUAUAUUAUGUACCUGAUCUACUUUAAGCUUGGUUUAUCUUUAUAUUAAAGAUAAAUAUUGUUUGAUAAUAUAUUGACACUUGAUCAACCAAACUAAUAUUACAGUAUCAUUUGUUUCGGUUAGUUGAAACAAGAGAGUUAAGUAUUGAUGUUUAUUAUUCACGUUAGAGUUUCUGUAAAGGAUUUUAUACAGAGAUGAAAUGAAGAGUUUAAGAUGUGUCUAAUGAGAGGUGUGUAAAUCUAUUCAAUUGAUUUUAUUUAACCGAUUUAGUCUAAAUCUACAAUUUCUAAUGAAAGUGUAAAAUGAGAGGUGUGUCGUAAAAUGAUGUUUUAUAGAUUUUGAUGUUUAGUGCAGAGUUGAAAGCAGUAUUUUAUGUAUUGUAGGAUGAUGCAAGCGUUUUACUUAUGUGAGUGAGUAAUGAGAUGAGAUUAUGACCAAUGAACUACCAAGAGCUUGGUAGGAUUUGAACCCAUGACUCAGUUCUUUGACUUCAGUUUAUCGAGAUUAAAAAAACUAUGUCGCUUAAUCGACUGAGCUAUUGUAGUACGGUACACAAAUAUGUGGUGUUUUACUUACCGGAACUUUUUCUAUAAGGAAUAUAUUAAAUAGAUACUAAAAGACAGAAAAUGGUUUUAUUUUAUGUCUAGGAAUGCCAGUUUCAUCUAUUUCGACUCACAUGUGAAAUUGAAUGAGACACUAUGAGUAGCCUAAGGUAUAUUAAAAUUGACCAUUUUGGGAAAGUCAGUUUUCAGUUAUAAAAUAUUUUAUAUUUAUAAUUGCAUAGGUAUGUUUAUAAAAAAUGCGAUUUUAUUGAAAACUUUAUACAGUAUUUGUGUGUUAAACUGUAUAUAGUUUGAAAUUAUUUUUUGGUGAAAUCGAUAACUUUAGCCAAAGAUCUGUAACAUAACGAUAAUGGUUUCAAUUUCGUCAUCUACUAUGUAAAACUACAGAAUAAUAAUGAUGAUACAGUAUUAUGAUCAACCUAUCAACACAAUUAAGCUGGAUUCCCGCAUAUCAGUGAACAUAUUCUUCCCAUAAGAUCUAACGGGUCUAUUCCUAUUAAGACGAGUGGAAAUAGUUCCAUUACAACUCAUGAAAAUAAUAUUUUCACUGAGCACUGAUUUGACAACUUUGUUAGGUUAAGAAUUGCAACAAAUACCCUUCAGCUCUAAUAGAAGUCUUCUCGGAUUUAUUGAAAUUCGUUGAACUCAUUGCAUUUUUGGAUGAAAUUCAAUUCUUU